AUGGUGAAUCUGCUACAGCACUGCAGUCAUUAUGAAGUCUUUAAGUUCGGAAGCCUGGUUGAAGCUUUGACUGCUAUUGGGAAGAAAAAGGAAAGCAUAAACCUCAUCAUAACAAACAUCAACCAGUCAAACAUAAAAGGGUUUGAGAUCCUCGAGUACAUUGAAAAGAGACUCAAUCUUCCUGUCAUCUCAAUGCCUCCCAAUGAGAACACAAAUCUUGUGUCCUUAGAACUAUCCAGUGCAGUUCAACUAUAUAUUUUGAAAUCAUUGAGCAUAAACAACUUUAAAGCCCUUUGGCAACAUGCUUAUGAAAAGGAGACAGGCAAAGCAACUAGUGAUCCAAGUGUAUCACUUGUCCAAGCGGGUGCAGUGGAAGCAAGGCCAGAGGAAACAGAAUCAUUUUCUGAAGCAUCGAGGGCUCAUCAAAAUCGAAACAGAAAAGAAGCCGACAACAGACAUGAUAAUAGUGAAGGGAGUGCCAGAGAUGAUGCCCCGAGGGAGAGCAAGCGAAGGCUGGUUUGGACUGAUUGGCUGCACAUUAAAUUCUUGGAAGCCAUUGACAUCUUGGGGCCUGACAAGGCUUUCCCGAAGAAAAUAGUUGAAGUUAUGAAUGUUCCAGGACUCACAAGAGAAAAUGUUGCAAGUCAUUUGCAGGUUUGUUGUUUUUCAUAUCUGAUAAAUUUCAUUCAAAUUUCCUUUGAAUUUAUCAUUCAACUCCAUCUCUAAUAAGAAAGCCAGAGAACACAAGUUCUCAUGUCCAAGUCAAUGACAACUUUUGAUGCGCGGGCAUCAUUAAUCACUACCAAAUCCGGAACAAUAAUAUUUAAAUACAAAUUUAGCAAGCAGAUAUGCUACAGAAUAUCAGCAUUUA